AUGGAGAAUUUAUGGCAUCUUCGUCGCGUGGCGGAUAACGCUGCAAAGGCCUGUUGGAUAUGCUACAAGCCAUCUACCAGUGUACUUAUUACCCCUAGCAACAAGGAUUUCUUUUACAUCUGUCCUGGGCACUUAUCUGACAAAGGCUUUUGUCAACCAGAAGCUGAUGAAGCAAAGAGGAUCGCAGACCAGAAGAAGCAAGAUGAGCUGGAUCGCGAGAUUGAGGCUGUAAAAAAAGAAUACGAGGAGAAGCAGAAGCUCAAGCGUGAGAAGCGAAAAGGAAAAGAUAAGGACAAGGAUAAAGAGAAAGAGAAGGAGACCAAGGGCAAAGAAGAGGAAGAGGACAAACAGGACGAGAAGGCCAAAGAUGACAAAGCAUGUAGCAUAUGGAACUUCUAUCAAAUGCGCCUGGACAAGCUGCGGAAUGCUGAGAUUGCUAAACGAAACCGCGAACGACUGAACAACCCUGCAAACUUUCCGUCAGUACCUAGCGGGAACCCGUAG